GAUAUCUCUAUAUACGUAUGUCUGGCGUAGUGGUAUAAGUGGUCCCCCGUCUCCUGAUGACACUCGUUGAUAUUAUUAUUAUUAUUAUUAGUAGUAGUUAAUAGUUAUUACUAUUGUUCUUGUUCGCCUUUUCGGUAAAACGGAACGUUUGGGUUGUUUGAUCGGCGAUGGAGCGAAUUGUCGCCGUCGUCGCCGCCGCCGCCGCCGCCGUGCGCCGAAACAAUAAUUGUUAGUCGCCGCGCACGUUGGACCCCAAUGUCCACUGUUCCGCCGUCGCAGCCGCCGCAGCAGCAGCAGCAGCCGCAAUUCGUCGGCCAUUACUUCACAAGCGACCCCGGAGUGACGGAGACUUGCAGCGAGCAAUGAUUGUUCCGCGAGCGUACCGAUAGGUUGUGCUCAGUCGGACGGACGCUACCGCCUGUCAGUCAGUUAGUCAGACGAUAUUCUUCUGCGAGACGUUGACCACAGCCACAGACACAGCUUGUUGCCGAGCACCAAGUUUCAGGCAGUCUUGCACAGCGAACCAAUGCUGUUAAGGUCCACUGCUGGCGUCUAGUAUGAGUGGUGUUGCACACGUCACUGGAGACGCAAUGGCUGCUCACCGGCAGCACGAAGAGGGAUCGACAUCGUCGUCAAUGUCCAUCAGCACCACUGAGCCCACGGCGACAAUAGACUGCAGUCGCAAGAGAAUUCACAGCGAAACAGUUGAUUCAGAUGUCGAUGAAAGUACUAAGAACAUACCAACAACUUUGGACAGAUUUCCUAAGUAUGUGGAUUGUCAAGAAACAUUGGUGGAAAUGUCAUUUAUUAAAUGGUUAGCUGGUUUUCGGUUGGAAUGCCGUAAAAUUUCAUGCCUUACUAAUACAGAACUUUAUUUUGGGUUAUUCAAUUUUUUUUGCCUGAAUAUAGCACCAGAAAUGGUUGAUUGCAGAAAUAAAAUUAAUAAAUCAACUCUUCUGAAAUCUUUUGUAGAACAAACUAUGUUGUUUUUACGAGGAUACUAUAAAACCAUAAAAAAAGAUAAAAAGGAUACUUUGGAUGUUUUAUAUUAUGACAGAAUGAGUUCAAUGUUGGCCUAUUACAUAGAUUUGAAAUUAAUGUCAUCUCAGCGUUUUAAAGAAAGCUCAUCUCACAAAAGAACUUCAAGUAAAAUAAAUACAAUGUUAUUUGUUUUUUUAGAUCAGAAACUUGAUUAUAUGUUUGAUUCAAUAUUUCAAUUAUACUAUGUAUUUUAUGGUUCUGUUAGUAUUAAUUUAGGAUCAAUAAUGCUUCCAGUUUUUAAAAAGUUACUAUCUGAACAUCCAAUACCCAAAAAAAUGAAUUUUCUAACUUAUAUGCGGUAUAUUUUAUGUUUUAAAUUGUGGAAAAAAUUAAUUCACUCCUCACCGGGUAUGGCUGGUUCUGUUAAGAGAAAAGAACUGGAAAAUUUAAGAUUAUUAUUAAGAAGGUUGAAUGUUCCAAAUGAUUUUAUGAGUCAACAUGAAAAAAAUAAUUGGCCUAACUGGCCUAAAUUGACAAUGUCUCCAAAUGGAACUCCAGAUUCAAUACAAAGAGAUUUAAAAAAUGUUAGUUUUGUUUUAUAUGGUGCAAAUUUAUCACUCAAGGAGUGUUACAAGGAUAUAUUGGAUGCUUCAAGAAAAGAUAUUCCAAUACUAUUGAAACCAAUUGAAGAACAGUGUAAAACGUUACGACCAGAUUUAUUUGCGAUUUCGGGAAAAGAAGUUUUGAAAAAUUGGAAUGAAAAUUUUGAUGAAACUCUAAAACCACUUAUACCAACUACACGUUCCUGUAAUAGCUUGUUGAGAAAAAUCAAGUAUAAUUUAUAUACCCCAAGUAAGUAUGAAUGUCUUGAAAUUGAUGAUGAAACCGAUGAAGUUCAUGUUGUUUCAAUCAAUGAUGAUUUGAGCAAGUCAAAGAACUUUGGAGAAGGUUCAGAAAAUCAUUCGGUCCGGGAUAAAGAAAAUUGUUCACAUUCUGAUAAAAAAUGUAUGGAAAAAACUAAUCUUAUGAAUUCAUCAACUAAUGAAAUAAUUGAUGAAAGCAAUAAUGAUAAAAGUGACGAAAAUGAUAAAUCUUCUGUUGAUGCAUCAAAAACUUUAAUGACUACUAUUGUAUCAUGCCCAGCUAAUGUAAAACCUCAAUCAAAUGAAGAUGAAAUGCAGGUCAAUGUGAACCAAUCAAAAUCAUCUGAAAAACAUGUUUUAUAUGAUGAUGAGAGCAGAUUUGAUCCAACAUCUAAUAAUCCAAGUAGAUUGAAUUACAUUUCUGAAAAUACAAGUACUUCUCAUCACCCUGAAUGUUCUUAUUCUAAGGGAUCAAAAAGAAAUCAAUGUUCAUCAUUUGGUGAAAAUAGUAAAAGCAAAAAAAUUUGCAGAACAAAGUCCAAGCAUGAAAAAAAUGUAUCAAACUGCAGCCCAAAUCAAAUAAUUGAUUCUAAUUGCCAAAACUCGAAUAUUGAGAAUAGUAGUUAUGUUACUUUAAAUAAUGACAACUCUGUACUUGAAAAUCCAAAGAACUCUCGAAACAUAAAUGGAGUUCCUCAUCUAAUGAACGAAUCUUCAGUCAAAGAAAACAAAUGGGUGACAAAAGCAUCACACCCUGAAUUAUCGAUAACAGCAGUCUUAAAUUUGAAACACACACAAAGUAAUUUUACUGUCAGUGAUAAGGACGAAAGCAUAGAAAAUUGUACUAAAAUGAUUGAUCUAAGUAGUGAUCAGGAUGGUACUGCUUCUCCUUCUAGUGACAUACAGUGGCCUAUAAAGUUGUCUCAUUCUGAUCCAUAUUCUCUAGAACCUAAACAAACAAUUGAUAAUUCUGAGCAAAUGGAAAUUGAACCUACAAGCUCUGAUACGGAAGGCAACAAUAGUCCAAAGACUGAACAUUUAUUAUCUCUUAGAAACUCCGAAGAAAUGAUUUCAAAAUUAGUUUCAUCUAGGCGGUCUAUCAAUGAAAAUGAAAAUACUCAAAUUUAUGCUUUGCCUAUGGACCAAAAAUUAUCUCACGUAGAACAUCCUUAUGUGGAAAAUGCUAUAAAUUCCAAUACACGAGAUUUAGAAGUAGUGAAUGUGUUAUCUCCUGUUUCUAUUAACUCAACUGAUAUCCCUAUGAAUAAGAGUUCAUGGGUCCCUGAUAUAUCAUUGGUACACGCUCAUAAUGAUCAUAAUGAUAUUGACUGUGAUCAUUCUCAGUCUUCUUUACAACAAUUAAAUGGUUUAUGUAAUUCAAUUAACAUUAACACCAGCCUGGUUACUAAUCGGAAUAGUGAAGUUGAACUUUUAAAUAAUAUGCAGUUGGAAACUCCAACUAUUUCUAGGCCAUGUUCUUAUAAUCGAAUUGAAUCAAGAAUAUUCCCUGAAGAUUCAUAUACAGCUGCUUUGUCUCCUAGUGAAAGUUCAGUUUCAAAUUCAGCAUAUGGUUCUGCAUAUGAUGUAAAUCGAAUACCUAUGGCGGUUACUGUCAAACCUAUCCCUGUUACUGUGUCUCCAAAAGAUGUAGCACAUGAAUUAAAUGAUUCAAAUAGUAGCAUAUAUCACAGUAGUUCCAUUAACAUGUGUUUUGAUGGGUUAAAGAAAAAAUCUAUUAUUGAUCAACAACCUUCUUAUAAUUUUGCAAUGAAUAAAUCUAGACCAUCUGUUAUGAAUAUUAUGGAACAAAGUUCAUCAAGUAAUAAAGACAAGCAUGAUGUUAUAGAUGUAGUUUCGGAUGACUUUAGCGACGUCGACUCUAUGGAUUUACGAAUUAACAGUGCUGAACCCAAAGACAAUAAUUUGAGUAUAAAUAAUUUAUCGAUGUCUAGUCUUAUAUCAACUGACUUGAAAUCAAUUAAUACACUUAAUAGUUUUGAAAAAUGUGGUAAUUGGUCUACCAUUAAAAAUCCGUCCGACACAACUAACCAUCAUCAAAAACAAAAAUUAAAAAUAUAUACAGAUCCAACAGAAAUGAUUUCAGUGCCAAUUAGUUUGAACGCACAGUCUGUAAUACCAAUUAAUUUAAAUGAAGCACAUGUACAAAAGGUGUUUUUAGGAAAUAAAAGUCCCCCGCAAGUUUAUUAUAGUCCAAUUACUGAUUUUAGAGUUUCAUCAGAUUUAGACAUGACAAAUCAUGGAAAUAUAGAAGAUCCCAAUCUAAUUCAUUUUAAAAAUACACAGAGAAAUUGUGUAAACAUAUGUUCAAAUGAUAAAUAUAUUCAUCCUAUGUUACAAUCAACUGAUAAUGAUCCAAAUGUAAAACAGACAUUAAUUAAUGGCUAUGAUGGGGUUCUUAAUCAAAAUUCGUCAAUUAUGAAUAAUGGACUUAUGUAUAAGUACCCAAGAUCUGAUAGUAAUACAUCUAUUAGAUACGAAAACCCUCCUCUUAGACUACAACAUAAAAAUCCAGAACGCAUAUCACCACAUAAUGGUUUACAAUAUUCAAGUUAUGACCAGAUACUUGGGCCAAGUUUGUUGGAAGAUCCAAAUCAAAAAGAAGAACAGUCAAUAAUUAAUAUGACACAUUUAAUGCAACAGUCAAGUAAAAAUUGUAAAGUUCAUUAUAAAUGGCCUUUAAAUAAAACAAAAAGUCAAACUUCUUCAAAUGGAAAACUUUUAGAAGUUUCUCAAAGUCAGGAUUAUAAAAGAAAUUCAAAUAUUUUGUAUAAAUAUACCGACGAUGAAUUAAAUCAAAAAUUGUCUCCAAAUGAAAUUCUAAACCAGAGCACUGGUUUGUCAUUUAACGAUAGAACAAACAACAGCACUUUAAUUCAGCCAAACCAACAGUUCCAAGACUUAUCUAAUUUCAUUGCACCAGAUCAUCUUUCACCUACCAUUCAAUCUGGAUCUGAAUCCAUUGAUGAAAAAACACAAAUUCAAUCUAGAGCAGUUCACAGUUUUGAAAAUAAUUCAAGAACAGAACCAACUGAGUAUCAAGAAAUGUAUAGAAAUACUAAAAUACCAAGUCAAAGUAAAGAAUCAAGCACAUCACUAGGCAUUGAUGGUUUUGAAGCAGCUCAUUACUUAUUCAAUAGUGGUAAGUUAUUUUUAUGUAUGUAUCCAAAAUGUACCAAUAGCCAUCAUUUCCGUGUUAUACCUUCCAAUGCAGAAAUGCUACGUCAUGAGUUCACUGUACCAUUUGAUGAUUUUCGUUUCAAUAUUCAGUAUAAGUAUAAACAGUUAUUAACUUCGAACCCAAGAACAUGGCCUAAUAUACCUGUAUUAGAACAGUUGACUAAACGGUGCCUAUGUGAUAUUUGUGGUGAUUUUGAUUCUAAAUUAAACCAAAAUCAAGAAAUGUUGCAUACAUAUGUUGAAGGAAAAAAGCCAAGUAUUGAAGAAGACAAUUGUGAAAAUGAACAACCAACUAAUACACAAAUAUCGUUGAGUUGGAAAAAACAUUUGGCACAGCGUUUUACUUCAGCGGAAGAUGUUGAAAAACAGUCUAUUUCUCAGAUGAUAGACGAUAUGGAAAGACAUAUAAAACGUUUUAAACAUGCUUUCACAAUUAUUUUUCCAUUAAAUAAAGAUGUGAAAAUCAAUUCACAACAUUUACGAAAUGCAUGUGAAAGUUAUUCUGAUUCUGAUGAUAGUAAUAAAUCAUUGAAUUCCGAAUGUAAAAAAAAACUUGAAAUAGGACAUAAAUGUUUUAUUAAAGACUUACAUCUUCAUUCUUAUCAAUAUUUACAAGUACCUAAUAAAGUGAUACCAAAACAUGUAUUGGAAGAAUUGUCUAAUUCAUCAUACCACCCACCUAACCAAAACUUAUUAGCUACUUCACACCAAUGUGAUGAAGAACAUUUUCCUAAUGAAAUAAAUAAGUAUUUUCUAAAGAAUUCUCUUAGUCCUUCAUAUCAAUCAAUGAACCUAAAUUUAACUAGCCAGUCUUUAAAAUAUGUCCACGAAAAUAUAUCUAACUCAUCAUAUCAAGCUGCUGCAGAGAAUUCACCUAGUACAUCACGUCAAUCAUCAAUUGGAAAUCUAACCAGUUCUUCUCAUCAACCCGUUUUAAGCAAUUUUCCUACAACAUCACAUGGGAUCUCUCUGGACUCUUGUUCUACUUUGAAUGAUAGAGGCCUAAAACAUAAUCAUAUGUCUCGUUAUUACUCUGAUGGACAAAUGUAUACAGAAUUUCCUCAGGCAUAUCUUCAAGUUCCUAGUGCUCAGUUUCCAAAUUCUUCGACAAAUUCAUACUAUGGCUCACCUGUAAAUAUGCCAUCAGAUAAUUCUGUGCCAUUUUGUUCUCCAAGUUUAUCAAUUAACUCUGUGCCUCAUUCACCAUCAUCAGAUUGCAGUAUACCGUCAUUGGUUGAGACGGUCGCUACUGCUGUACCUGAGCAUGCUUUGUUAGAUGAUAGUUUAGAAGCAGUAAAUGCUGCUCAUAACUUAAUGAUGAUCUCAAACCGCCAUAGGUACAACAGUACUACUUCAAUUACAACUACAAAAACUACAGACACUAUGACAGUCUCAAGUACCGUAACUACUAACUAUAAAACUGUUAAAAAUUCUAAAACUACUGACGUUAAGGCUAAUAAAAUGUCCAUAACUGACACUACAGUUAAUAAUAUUUCUCCAGCUGAUACUACUGCUAAUAAUAUUUCACUUCUGGACUCUAAUAAAAAUAAUAUUUCCACUACUUGCUUUUUGAGUGGAACUAUACAACCUUCUAUGACUGAACCAGAAGAUCAAGAAACAGAUAUUGUCCACAAUAGUCGAAGAAAAAAGAAAAAGAAACAUGAUAAAAAAAAAGAUAAGAAAAAAAAGGGAAAGCGUUGAUGAUUUUUAUUAACUUAAGUUUUAUUUUUAAAUUUAAGCUUAACAUUCCUAGCUUAUACAAUUUUAAACAAUAGUAAAAAAAAACUUUAAAAGAUUAUUUAAAAAAAUGUUUUUUAUAACAUACUGUGAUUUUUAUUUACUUUUAACAAACUGUGAUAAUUUAAAAUUGCUCAUUUUCUUUCUUUCUUCAUAUUUAUUAAAUUAAAUAUACACUAUAAUUAUGUUCUAAAACAUUAUAUUCAUUUAAAUUAAACAAAAUUUGAUAUAUUUAUCUAAAUUUAAAUAUUUUUUCUCUACACAGUUUAUUUUAAAACCCAAGAAUAACAUUUUUGCAUUUAUUAUCUUUAUUUUGUUUUAAACAAAUUGAUCACAGUCUUGAAAUACAAUGUUUUCUAAUAACUAUCAUCAUGAAUUCCUAACAAAAAAAAAAAAUUCAAUCACAUUAAGAUGGAUAAGUAAAAGUAAAGUGGAUAUUGAUGUAUUCAGUUAAAAACAACAUUAGGAGAAAAAAUGUGGAAUUUGUUGAAAUUUAAUUAGUCCAAAUAUUACGAACCAAGUAAUUUUUUUUCUCUUUUUUUUCUUGUGAAAAAUGUUUAUAAUUCUGAGUAAGUACUAAAUUUAGAAUUAAUUGUUAAAAUAGUUAUAUUACCAGUCUGUUAAGUAUUAUAUAAGAUAUAAGUCACUAAUGUAACUCGGUACCUACUAAAAUUUCAAACACGACUUUGUUUCAUCAGGUACCUAAUCAAUUUUCAAAGAUAAAUUAGUAUCAUUUAAAAUUCUUUGAAACAUACGUAAUUAGUUUAAAAAUCUAUUGAAUUUUUUUUAUGUAAUAUGUAAGACUAAUAUUUGACCAUGUUGCAUCGAACAAACUGCCUGUAUAAAUCUUG